GCUACCACACAAAACCCAACUGUGAUGGCUCAGCACUCAUUCCAAAAGUCUGCAAGCUCAGAGACUUUCAGCACGUGCUUACAUUUAUGAGCCUGCAGGUUUCCCAGCACCUCUUGUAGCUAUUACCAGAAAGAGUGUGAUGGAUUACCAACCUCUGCUGACAUAGACAUCUCAGGGGUGUGCAAGACUGACAGCUUGUAGGUGGCUCCCCAGGGUCUAUUGACACCUUGAAACUGCUGCAGUUGCAUCAACCUGUGAGUGGGUGGUAAUGAAAGGCAAUGAACCUCAACCAGAGGCAUCUUGGCUUUCAUUUUACUUGCCUGAAAUUCUCCGUGCGUUGGUCUGACUUACAUGUUCACCAAAAUCUGAAGCAGCUUCUGCCUAGAAAGGUUCCCACAAACAGAAAAACAAGUACAAGGAUUGUGCUGACUCACAUUCAAGAAAAUAUGAUACACAGACACAAUGCACUGUAACUCUUUUCCUUCCCCCCAGUAACCUCGAAAGUUUCUGUAGCUAAUUCAUUAAAUGGCUGAGAGAGCAGCUAUAAUAUCAAGAGAAGAAGAGGAGAUCCAAAACAGCAGUGAUGAUGAAGACAGGUUUCUGACUCAAGUUGCUGUAACAGCAUCCCCUGGUUGCUCUGCGAGCUCCUUGUUAGACAGCCUUGAUGAAGACAAGGGAAGCUCAGCAGUUCCACAAAGACUCUCUGUCCUCUCCAGCAGGGCAGUGGCCCAGCUAAAAGCCCCAGCUGGCCCAGAGAUGGGUUGUGGUGGCUGGGCACAGAGGACAGCCACUGGGCUAGCUGAGCAUCCUCUGGCAGCUGUAGCUACAUCCUUAGGUGCCUCCUCAUGCCCUGCAGCAGUUGGUAACCUGCUGCCCGUGGGCCUUGCCUCCCUGUGUGCCAAAAGUCCCUGCUGUGAUGGCAAACUGAGCUCAGAGGCGCUGCAGACCCCGAGGGUGCGCGGUGAGGCCAGCGAGGCCCUGCAGGCAGGGACUGGCGCUGAGACCAACAUGGCCUCUUGCAGUUUGGGCCAUGUGAUUUGGAUGAAGACCACAACAGUAACAGAGACCUUGGAAAAUAAGAAAAAGGAGGAAAAGGAGAAGUACCGGCUCCAGCUAGCAAUGUACCGACGGCUCCUGCUGUUGCGCUCCAUCAGGAGUUUGCAUAGGCAGCUGGAGCAGCAGCAGGCCAGGCUGCAGGAAUGCUAUGGCACGGUGAUAAAUACAAAGAAAGAAGUGUUGAAACACAUUUGCCCAACCUCGCCCUCACCUUCGCCGUAAUCAUGUUGCUGCCUGCAGAAAUGAGCUUUGCAAUGCCACCCGAGCCGCCAGGAAGCUUGCAUGCCAUAGGGGUGGUGUCCUCGUGUGCGCCGAGUGGGGAGGAAACAGCAGCAGCAGCAGGUCCAGAAGAGAGGAGAUAAGAUACAGUGUUGGCCCCUGAAUUUAAAUGGAGGAAAAAAGAACAAGGGUGAACCUGUGCAAGAAGCUGGCUCCUGAUGCCCAUUCAAAGCCUCAAGGUGAAAAGGGAUUUUUUUGGCAGAUAGGUUUGUAAAAAGAAAAAAAAUCACCACAAAAUGGGAACCUAGUCUGUCACCUGACCCAUAAAGGUCUUGGCUGGAUGCAAGGUUGCUGCCUGCUGAAUAUGUGAUAUGGCACAUCUCCCUUCUACUUUCAGAACCAAAAAAAAAUUGAACUGAAUUAGGGUUUAUUUGUCUGCAAGAAUACCUGAAUUUAAAAAUCCAGGAUAUUUGAAACACAAGGCUCAGGCUUGAUUAUAUCUACCUAGCUGCCUGUUCUUCACAAAACUGCUAAGGACACUGUAUGUUUGCAACCUCUACUUUCCUUUAGAAUUUAUUCCGAUUGAUCAGAAAUUAUUGUGGGAAGGUAGGACAGCCAAACACACACAGGGAAAGAGUGCAAAUGCCUAAGCCUGAUUUCCUCAGGAAAGUAAUGUAAAAACAAGGGCCUUGUAGUCUGACGUUGCACUGGAAACCCAGGCUGGCAAUGCCAGGGGAAUGUUCAAGGUCUGCACAAUUAUUAAUCUGCUGCUAAGUCCCAGUGGCACUAGCAUCUGCAAAUCAAGCAUAUUUUGUGCCUUACUGCUGUCAUUUAAUGGAAGUUGGUGACAAUUAGCACCUUUUAUCCAGGUGUAUUAGACAUGUGGAAAACCCUGGAGCGCUGUUUCUCAAAUUGCAAGGUUAGGAUGCCUGCAGGGAAUUUGAUGUCAGUAUGCAACAAACACACAGGGAAAAUGAAAACAAAAAGAUGCAACUUUCUUGUAUGCAUUUAAAAGGCAAUGUGAGUCACUAUUAUUGAACAGCAAAUUGAAUAGUCGAAUUUAGGAUUGGAAACAAAAUAUGAUUCAAGAAGAAAAACUACAGAAAAAUUUCCUAUUCUAUGAUUUCAAGAGAUACAGAAAUAUCACAUUUUUUUCAGAUCAUGCCAGUUUUCCUUUCCCCCUGUAGUUUUUAAUUUGUUUUUUAUAUAAUUGAUUAUUUUAUAUAAUUGAUUAUCUAGAUGAACAAUCAAACAAGUUUUGGUGUGGUUUUUUUUCUGCAUAAAAAGGCAGGUCUGCUUUUAAUCAUCCUUUAUGAAAAUAAUGUGCUAUAUAGAGGAAAAAAUUUAUUCUCAUUUUUUUUUGGUGAGGGAGGGAUAUGUGUGUGUUAGUGUAUGCAUGUACACAUACCUCCCUGUAUUCAAGAAGUUAUGAAAGGCUGAUGCUUCUUUUCCUGUAGCAGAAGCAGGAAUAAUCUCUCAAAAUAAUCUCUGCUGUCUACAAGGAGUUUGGUUGAUUAGAUUCACAUGCACACAUCUGUGAGCAAGGUAUUGAAGUAAUUCAACAAAUGAAGUGCAGCACAACAUUGUCAUUAUUCCGUCUUUGUAUUUCUGUGCACCCAAAAAUUAUGGAAGCCCCCCGGGUAUGCACAACCUUAGAUAGGUUCAUUCAUUUCCUUGGGCCCUUGUGUAGCCUCUCAUGCAACACGAACCAGUAACUUUGAAUGCAGAAUUACCAUAGAAACAUCCUUGGCAUCAAGGAGAUAUUUGAAGGAGCAUCCUCUGCUGCCUCACUUGGGGAAUUCAGGUUGCCAGAGGCCUUUAGUGGGCUACAGAAGAGAGCUGGUGGCCGCAUGUGACUGGGAAACAUUACUCCUGAGCUCUGAUCCCAUCUCGCUCUCUGCUCAGCCUAGGGAAAGCUGUUCUCUCUCAGCAAUGCAGGUUUCCUAAAGAAUGCUUAAAUACUAAACUUGCCUCAAAGGUAACCUGUUCUUUCUUCACAUGCCUCUCAAGAAGGAUUCAAGGGGUUGAUCGUGGCCAAGAGUGCUACGUAAAGAUUUUUUAAUUUUUUUCCUCCCAUACUUUUUUAACUAGAAAAGCCUUUUUGUCAUUGUUAAGAGUAAGUGUUAUGUGAACCAAGCACAAGCAAAUGACUAUGAUGUCACCUCCUUUGCUGUAUUGGAGAGGGGUCACAUCUCAAAAAUAUUGCUGCAUUUUGAAACCAAAUGUCAAAUUGUUUCCUUUAGGAAGACAAUCAAAAUUAAUAUUGUUUCUAAUGUUAGCCAACUUUUCUUUUGAACUGAAGAAGAAUUAUCUUUCACAGUGUAUUCAGGUUGACUAAUACUACCAUGUAACUUUCCACUGAGAUAUAAUAGAUCAAUGAAAAUAUCACCCCACCCCACCAAAAUACAAAAACCCCUGCUGUUAAAACAAAGUAACUGUUUUGCCUCAGUAGCUGUUGAAGUAGAGCACUGUUCUGCAUUUGCUGCAAGAGUGGCCUACAUUGCUGCAUAGAGCUACCUAUAGUGUCAUAUUUGCAUUAAGGAGUGACUAGAAUAAGAUUAAGAAAUACAUUUUGCAUAACAACUAGUGCAGAAAUAGUUAGUCUGUCAAUCUGUCCAACUAUAAAUUCUUUGUGGCACAACAGUGAUAAUCUUUGUUUUGUACAACAUCUCAUAAAAUUUCUUGAUCCUAACUGGGAUCAGUAGAUGCUUCUGCAUUAUGAAUAUUAAAUACCAAAAGUUUGUGCAUGAGCAAUGCUGUCUGAUAGCUGGCAGGAAAAUGAAGCCAAGAGUUAUUCUGUGUGUGCACACUCUUUCCAUGUAGUACUUCUAUGGAUACAAGCAAAAUAAAUAUUAACUGAGGAAAUAAAUUCAGUCUUUGCAAGAAUUUGCUUUUCAGCCAGCGCUUCUAGUAGUUACUAAUAAGUGCAGUUGGACAAAGCACUUAGAUGCAAUAUGAUUUUUAAAAUGAGUUUAUUUUAGAAGCUUGGAAAAUGUGGCUUAGCAGCUAUGGGUUUUUUUCCUUGUAUGUUUUAGUGUAUUUUGGGAGUUGAAGGUCAGUGAGAAAGUUCCAGAAUGCCACGGGUAACUCUCGGAGGUGUUUUCAGGCAUAUCAAAAUGAGCAGCAGUCUCAGGUUGAAUAAAAGUGUUUCCUCUCAUAUAGUUUGACCUCUUCAUGUUCUUAAGAGCUUUGGUGAUUUGGGUGAGGUCCAAUGAAAUUUCUUAAAAUUUUUAUUUUUAUCUGAAUUCAACUCUCAGCCCUCACAGGAACUGGGGUAAUGAUGGCAAAAUGAGCAGUUUCAGUAGGGCCUUUCUCCCCAUUAUCUUUACUGACUUCCAGAGCCUGCCAAACUAAUGAUCUGUGGGAGAAAUAUUCCAUGAUCCUCAACAACUUGUGUACUUUUACAGCAAAGGUUGAAGGUAAAUUAUGCUGCCUGAGCUGUAAGUUCCUGCUGCUCACCUGUUUCUGAAGUGGCAGAAAAUAAUCAUGGGUUCACUGUGAGAGUGGAAUAUUUAAAAGGUGCCAGCCCUCUUGUAAUAGUUGCUAACAGUAAAAUAGUUGUAGCUUCUGCCAACACAAAGGCAGAAAUAUUCAAGGACAGAAUGGAGUUACAAUACACUUGAGCGACAAAAUGAAUUACUGAGAUGUUCUUUUGCACAAGCACUUUUCUUCUGCAUCUCCAGCAUUUCAGUCCGCUAAACUGCUGCCCUGGAGACUGGUCAGAACUGUGUUUUCGUGUUUCUGUUGUGGAUGGCCAUGAGUCAGACAAGAUAAACAGCCCACCUUAAGAUGUUCACUUAUUGCCUUUUGUGAUGUAGCUAUGCAAAGGGUUUGUUCAGUUCCUCCUUCCUGAGAUUUUCCUAUGUGUCAAUCACAUUUUUUAAUUAGGACAGUGACAGCUUUAUAGAUUUGUAGUAAAUUAGUGAUGGUGUGGUAAACUUAUGAGCCAUGUACUGCUAAAUGCAGAUCACCCUGCAUUGUUCUUGGAACUGUGAAAAUUAUGGACUCUGGUCAUGACAUAAGCAUACAAAACAUAGAUUUAAAGAUGAGGGUGUUUAAAUCUUUCCUGGAUGAUGAGUAGACUAGGAGAGACCCUUUAGAAGACUUGUUACAGUGUAUUUGUUGAAAUGUUAUGAAUCUGGAACAUAAGUGUAUUGGAAAGGCCCUUUUGCUUGUCUCUGUUGAAAGCAGGGCAGUAAUGCAAAGAUGGGUUUGGGAUAUGCUUGACUGGUACUCGGCAAGGAGUAAGAGUUCCUCAGUUUUAGAACUCAGGGAUUCAGAGCAUGAUAGCCAAAACCCUGGAUGGUGGAUGGAGGAGUGGAACUACAAGAAAGGUUUCAGGGUUUGAUUUUUAAUUCAGCAUGCAGAAUCUCACACUGGACAGUUUCUUUUCUCAGUUAAGGAGAACCUUUUACUUCUCACUCCUGAAAAAGCUCUUUUGAAUCAUUAGGCUAGAUGCAUGCUAAUGCUUGUUUGUGCAAUGUGCAAAUUGAUACCCAUCUAUGAAUCUGAGUGACAAUAGAUAUUGUUGCCAAAAUGUAUCCAUAUAACUUAGUCCCCUAAACCUGGCUGCCACCUAAAUUGGAAUAUUUUGAAGUUGAGUGUCCUGCUGAUUUUUAAUGCCACUUCAAUCCAUGCUAGGACUUUGAGGUAUACCUUGUUCCUGUUCCUUCUUAAUUUUGAUGCAUUUCUACCUCUUGGUAUCUUCAAACAGCUGUAACUGUCUUGUAUGGCAGUAAUCUUUGUUUCUCAGGCUUUUCUAUAUUUGGAGGCCUUCCCAUAAGUCCUUUGUGCUAUUAAAGAAAAGGGAGUUUGUUGGUUUUGUAAUUUUUUUUAUUAUUAUUUUGUGAAAAUUCAAAGCAGAGAGGGUCCUGUGAAAACAUUUUUAGAGGUUUUAUUUAAAUGUCUUGAAAAUAACAGAGGUCCUUACAGCUGCAAAUAAGUUUCCCUGAUUGUACUGAUCAUUUUCUCACACAAUUUCAGCCAAGUCCACAAAACAAAUGAAAAAGUUGCCUCCAUCUUUGGCAAAUGAAGUCUCUAAGUCCACAGUCCAAAGUGACUUCUGUGUGCAUAAGAAUCAAGAAAUUCUUGAGAAUCUCAAUAAAAGUUGCACUUUCCCUUUGAUGAGUGGGGGUUGGAAAGGAAAGGGAAUGUGUGACCAUUCAUCACAGCACCAGGCUCGUUAGUACCCAGGAACUUUCUACUCUAAAUGACAAAGAGUUUCACUGUCACCAAAGAGAAAUUGCUGCUGACCUUAGACCUCUUUUUGGAAAGUAAAAUAAUGGAGCACAGGAGCAGAGUUUGAUAUUUGACCGAAUUCUACACAAUUAUCAUGCAUGUGUAUAUAAUAAAAUUAAUUCUGUGUCUCUGCAUUGUAGCCUCAGGCAAGCAGCGUACAAUCAGUUUUGUAUGUAUAAUAGAUCACAGAGUUGUUCAUGAAUAAUACAAAUGCAUUGAGCAGAUACUAGUGAGUGAGGAUGUUUGUCUUUGCAUGGAAUCGAAGUGAACAUGUAAUAUUGUGAUAAUAUAUAUUUGAUGAAUUCAGGUCUGACUUGCCUUUGCCAUAGCCUGCUAAUUCCCCGACAAGGGUUGCCACAAUAAUUGAGUUUCCAAUAACAUUAUGAUUAUUUCCACAUGAUAAUUUAAUUGUAGGUAUUUUUUAAUAUUGUAAUAAUGUAGAUUUGUGAUUAUUAUGCAUUUGCAUGCAGAUUUUCAUGGUGUCUUGGAGCACAUCCCUACAUUUAUAACUUAAUUUCCUCUAUUAUUGCAUAUAUAUUUUGGGAUGAACUCAUUAAUGCAAACUAAAAAAAAAAAAGUAGGUCUUUUUGGUCAUUUUGCCUUUAUUAUAAAUGGUUGAAAGCUUUGCUCAUUUUUUUAGACCAGCCUAAACAAGUGAAUAAACAAAAGACAACUGUAAUUCAUGGAUGGAUUAAUUUAAAAUAAUAAUGUAAUUACAAAUCAUGGCAGAUUUGUCUGGGGUAAUUGGGAUGUAGACUGGUACAAAUUUUGCUUUACUGAAACAAAGCUUGUUUAAAUGAAUCACCAAGUUUAGUACAGGCUCUUUUCCAUUCUUCUAAUUCCCCAAUACAACAUGAUAGCAAAGUAACGCUGGCUCAAAAUGUGUGUAUGCCUGUGCAAAUGGGUAUAACAACAUAGAACCUGGAACUUCUGUACCUACCUAGAUAUUAUUUUGGCAAGCAAAAUGUCCAGUAAGAAUAGAAGUGCAAAUACAGAGUCAUGACACCAGCAGGGGUUUCAAUCAGUUAAUUUGUCCACUCUGGAAAGAGGCUGGUUGCUUGCCUAAUAACAACCUUCAAACUGCGUUAGAAAACCUGGCCUAAGACUCAAUGAGACAAAGAGAGAUAGAAAUAAACGCUGUUCCUAUUAUUGGAGCAGACAUUUUUGCAAUGCUGUGAGCAUUCUGCUUCAAAUAGGAGAGCUCUCUCUUCCAGGCCUAUCAGACAUUCAAAGGAAAUGAGGAGGAAAUGUCUUUAGCUAAAUACAUCUGUUUUGAAAAGAAACUUCCCCGAGAAAAUGACCUGGGCUUUGGGUGUUGUUUGUUUUUCUGGUGGACUGUCCUCUUCUUAUCUGUAAAAUCUCAGCUCUGAAGUUGAGCUGGGGUCACAGCAGGGUUCUUGGUCUCUUUCAGGUUAUGCAUAGCUAACAUGUUUGUUUUCCAUUGCUUGCAUGGUAGGAACAUGCAACAGGAACAAGGAUGGCAGGCCUGGUCCAAAACUUCAGAAAUGAAAGUUUGAAACUAGGUGCUGGAAUAUCUAAUUUACUGCUCUCCCUUCCCAUUGCUCUUUAGCACACAUCAGUGCUACUGUUUCUUUCCAGUGUGGUUUGGUGCCUGCUUUCUCCUUUCAAAUGUAUUCCUUUAAAUUAACCACAGACAAGACACAAUGAGAUUAAGUCCCUCUCUUUCCUUCCUUGCUCUCUGGGCCUAAGUGUUGAACAGAAAACCUGGUGCCUGAUUUAGGCAAUGAAGAGAACAGUCAUGAUUCCACAGUACAAGGUGGUCUCUCCAGGUUUUGCAGCAGAACUACUUGUAUAGGUAAAUUAGAUUCUGUCCUGAAACCAAUGAAGCCUUUUUUAAACCCCAUAUCACACUAAGAAGUUCCUUGGUAACUGGCUUCUCUUGAAGCUGUAAAAGUAUCAAAACAUGAAGGUAGUCCCAUUGACAGAAGUUUGUAAAUCUGUACCCAUGCUUUGGUGAGAUCAGGAGAUAGCUCAGAACGGGAUCUGGGAGGUCAGUCUGUCUGUUAUUUUAUUUUAUAAUGGCCUACCAGCAUAAAAUUAAGGAUGUCUUUUACUCUGUGGCAUUAGAUCUACAAAUUAUCUCAAGUGUUAUUUGUCAUACAUGAAGUACCAUGGAAUAUGAAGAUAUAAUUCUCUCCAUAAUUCUUGGAUGCAUUUUAUAAUUCUUGCUUGUUGUGAAGAAAUUCAACAUUGUGUCAGAUAACAAAUUAUUUAUAAUUGGAUGAUUGUCUUCAUUACUAUAUAUUUCUGAUACCUGCACAGAUAUGAUAGGUGGGUAUACAUAAAAUUAGAAAAGCCUGUUGAAAAACAUUGAUUUGUAUCAUAUUCAUGAGUAAUUUUCUCUGAUGAAAGAAAUUGAUGCUAAAAAUUUAUAAUGCAGUGUAUGUAGCUGCCCUGGCCUCUCAACCCUUUUAGCAGCACAGAGGUUAGGACCUGGAAGAACUUAAGUCCUUUUCUACCUUUACCUCAUGGGUUUUGAACUUAAGUCACCUAUUUGCUCAGAGAUGUCAGAAUUGCUCUAAUAUUUUAAAAUGGGGGAAGUGAAGUGGAGCCCCUCAGUCUUUCCUAUUUGUGCUGCUUCUUAUUAGGUAAAAAAAGUUGAAUGAGGUUUAAGGUCUUUUCCAACUGAAACCAUUCUAUGCUCCUGUAUCCCUUUGCUCACAAUGUGUGACAAGGAAACAUUUAAUUUCAGGUCACUUGGAAGAAAGGCUUCUUUUUACAGAAAAUCAUUUGCUGUUGCUGCUUUGUUCCUUCAGUUGAAUGGGAAAAAACCCAACAAAACACCUUCAGUUUUUUUGCAAUAAUUUUUUUCCAUUUGUCGUUGUCUCUGAAGCAGUGGGACUAUGCCAUUUCUGCGUGAGGCAGAGAUAUUUUUUCCUGUGCACAGACCAACACUUCCCAGUUUAUUCUUAAGAAAAGCAUUCCUCAAAAAUAAGGAGGUAUUUAUGUAUUGCCCAUCUUCUCUAUUGCUUGAAAAAUGCAUGAUUCAUGGCCACUGGUUGUUCUUCUCAUACUGGGGAAGGUUUAUUGGCCAUAAUCCUGGAAGUCUGGAAGUCCCCUGUGUGUCAAUGAUCACUGAUUGUAUUGGAAAAGGAUGGUUCAGUGACAGCAGGCAGCCCCUGGGCAGAAAGACGUGUCCCUUGUCCCUGAGCAAUAACCUGUAUAGAUGAUUGAGACUUGUUGAUAGACCUCCAUGGAAGUCUCACCUGGUAGUCAGGGCUUAGCAGUGUCUGGCUAGUGAAGGAUCCCUCAGUACAGGAUGCUUGAACUUGAUUUGUUGCUCUCAUCAAUGAGGGCAUAAAGGUAGGCAAGAACUGAACAUGCCUUGAGGCCCAGGCAGAUGCAGUUUUACCACAGCCUCUGUCUUACGGGAGAGAGGGAAAGAAAAAGAAAGAAAAGGCUGCUAGAAUUUACAAAAUAUAGUUGUUGACUAAUUUCUUCAUCAGCAAGAGCAGUAAGAAAUCAGUGAGGUCUCUCCUGAGAGAUCACUGGUGUCACCUCACAUGUCCUCAGGGUGCCAAAUGGUAUAAAACACUCACUUUGAAAGUACUGCACCGUGAUAAGCUUCAACUCCCAAGGGAUGCAUUGUGUGUACAUUUUGUUAUAUGUAAUGACACACUGAAAGGGCAGUGAAGCUGUUAAGGGAAUGCUGCAUGUCUAAAAAGAACUUAUUUUUCUUUCAACCAAUAAAAGAAAGAAAGAGCCUUUCAAAAAAGCAGUUAAAAUAAUAUCAUUUAAAUGCAGGAAGUGAUAAAAUACUAGAGAGAAUUCAGCUUCAAAUGAAGAAAUUUAAAACAUGAGAUCUUCUCUGUAACAUACAUGUUUCAAAUUGGACCAUUUUCCAGGUAAAGCAACAGACCUCUGCAAAAACCUUUUAAAAUAGUCAAUAUAUGUACAAAAUUUUAAAGCUGACACAACCAGCAUAAUGGCAACAAUUAUUUAAACCAGUAGAUUUGAAGAAUAAAGAACAAAUUGCAGUAAUAUCAUGUAGUCAUUCUAGACAAUGUAUAGAGGUUUCAACAAGACCAAAGUUGGAUGUGAGACACUGGGAGUUUCUCAGCAAAGGUGAUUUUGUAGAAAAACCAUUCAUUACAUAUAAAAAAUACCCCUAGAGGUGACUACAAUGCUAACAACAAUAUUUUGAAAUGAAGCUGAAAAAGACUUAUGUUCCCUUCAACAUAAUUCCAUGUGGACACAUUCAAGAAUUCUGUAUGGCCUCAGUGUGCCAGAGCCCAUUUUCCAGCAGAAAUACUUUUGCCUACAAAAUAUAUGGAAAUGUAUGUGAAUGUUUUCAUGUGUUUCCAAGGCAAAGUUGUUGUCCUCCUUAAACCUGACACAGAAUGAAAUCUGACUCUAUGAAAUCUCAGUCAGCAAAAUCACAGAACAAUUGGGCAAAUGCAUUCCUGAUGAACUUUAAAUGUGAAAUUAUAAUUGGACAAAUAAUUCAUUUGGUAUCAUUCAGAAAUAAACAAGGACUCAUAAAAAAUAGAGAAGCGAAUUGGAUGGAAUUGGGCAGUUUUAUCUACUAUUACUUCAGUACCAACCAUCAAUCACUGUCAGUUAAUUAUCAUUAAGAUUGCAUAAAAAAAAAGGUCCCUGUGGGAGUUGGAUAGGCUGUGAGUUUCAUUCUUUCAUUAAAAACAAGAUGAACAAUACAAGUCUUGUUUUAAUUUUUAGUUUUAUUUGCUUUAUUUUGAUUUGGUUUGUUUUGUUUUUAUUCAUUUGGAUCUUUUUGUAUUCAAAGAAAUUAUGUGAAAAGGUGGAUACUGAAUAAUUGCUCUGAGAGUUACCAUAUGGAUUGCAGAGGCAAGGAAAUAGAACAAGGGAUUCAAAAUUAAAGAUGUUAUUUGUCAGAAAAAGUUUAAAGAUUUUUAAUUUCUUUAUUUUUUUUUCCUUACAAAAUCCAAUUAAAUUGCCCUUCGAAGUAGGAAAGCUUGCUGGAUUUUUUUUUUAAAUGCUUGCUUUUUAAUUAACUGUACAGUUUUUAAGUCCCCAGGGUUUAUACACCCAGUUUGUAAAUCUUCUUUUUUAAAAAAAUACUCUGAAAACUAAAGUUAUGCGACUCCAGAAAUUGAUUCUUUAGCAGAACACAAACCUGUGUGAAACCCCAUAAAGAUACACAGAAAUUUUUGCACUUUAUGAACUGAUCCGUGAGGCUCACGAGCGCUUUGCUAAGCACAGGAGCAGGAAUGCAGUUGUGGGCAGGAGCAGCUACUGUUGUUUCCAGGGUGCAUCCCUGCACUGCUGGCUAGCCACUCACACUCUUAACAGGGUCAAGCUUUAUGGACAGUGCCCACCAGCAUCACAAACAGGCUGCUACCUGACCUCUGUGCAAUUCCUGCCUGGGAUGUAACUCUGCUUCUGCCAGCUGGUGCUUGCUCAGCCUGAGGAUCACAAGGCUCUCCUAGCCAGGCGCUCUCUGCAGAAGGAGGCUAUAGAGAUCAGACUGAGCUAAAUGGUGAUUUUAUUUAUUUGUAUAAAUGUAUAUAACCGUAAUCUUUAGAUAAUAAUUAUAAUUAUAUCUUACUAUAUAGCAUUAAAGUUAUUAAUUAUGUAUUUGUUUACAAAUGUCAUACAUUUCUAUAGCUAUAUA